UAUCUUAGUUUAACUAAACUGGACUGCAGGCGUUCUUUGAUCAUAACGUCUUUCAUAAAAUUCUGUCAAGUAGCCGAGUAGAUGGUGUACCCCGUGGCUCUACAGAGCAAUACAGUUCACCAUUAAACAUGUUCAAAAGGGAAUAUCACACCAGUACGAUUAUCAGGGAAAUUAAAAAAGAAAAAGAAAAUAACUGCUAUAAAUGGCUCUUGUGUUGAAUCUAAAAAUGCAUUAGAAUUUGUUAGACACUUGUGUGUGUGUUGUGGUUUAGCAACACAUGCUACUCCGACAGAUUACAGUGUUUUGAAUCAGAAACGGAAAGGCAUUGCAAAGUUAAUGUUCUGUAUAUAGCCUAUAUGCACUUGCAUGUCAGUCCACAAAAUAAUUUAAAGUUUGGGAAUGAAACUGAUGAGGCGAGACUGCUUUAGGCCAUGAAUAGUAAUCGGAGAUCUGUGACCUGAAAUGACCUUUAAUCGCAAGCGGACACGAACCGCAUCCCUGUUAGCUACCCUGGUGCACCAGUUGCUGACAAGUGGAAGUGAACCUGACACAGCGAGAGGGAUGCUGUCCAAGCUGAGCCGCGCGCUGCGCCAGGUGGAGCCGGCGCUCUUCCGGAGCGUUCACACGGGGAGCCGCCCCGCCUCCAGUACUGCCGCCCACCUCAAACGCGUGGAGCGCCCCCUGUCUGCAGAGGAUGUGUAUGCUCGUGAGGAAAAAUAUGGAGCGCACAAUUACCACCCCCUCCCUGUGGCUCUGGAGAGAGGAGAAGGGAUCCACGUGUGGGACGUGGAAGGCCGGCGGUACUGCGACUUCCUGAGCGCCUACAGCGCGGUGAACCAGGGCCACUGCCACCCCAAGAUCAUCGCCGCGCUCAAUGCCCAGGCCUCCCGCCUCACGCUCACGUCCCGGGCCUUCUACAACGACGUUCUGGGGGAGUACGAGGAGUUCAUCACCUCCUUGUUCGGCUACCACAAGGUCCUGCCCAUGAACACAGGUGUUGAAGCGGGCGAAACUGCCUGCAAACUGGCUCGGAAAUGGGCGUAUUCUGUGAAGGGCAUACCAAAGUACAAAGCAAAGAUAAUCUUUGCAGAGGGAAACUUUUGGGGGCGCACCAUGGCGGCCAUCUCCAGCUCCACGGACCCCAGCAGCUACGAUGGCUUCGGCCCCUUCAUGCCUGGCUUUGAGCUCGUUCCUUACAACGACCUUCCAGCUCUGGAGAGGGCCCUGCAGGACCAGAACGUGGCGGCGUUCAUGGUGGAGCCCAUCCAGGGAGAGGCAGGCGUGCUGGUGCCAGAUCCCGGGUACCUGACCAAAGUGAGAGAGCUGUGCAGUCAGCACAACGUUCUGCUCAUCGCUGACGAGGUGCAGACGGGUCUCGCGCGGACGGGCCGCCGGCUGGCUGUGGACCACGAGGCGGUGCGUCCGGACCUGGUGCUGCUGGGGAAGGCGCUUUCCGGAGGAGUCUAUCCUGUGUCUGCAGUGCUGUGCGAUGAUGAGGUCAUGCUGACCAUCAAGCCUGGGGAGCACGGCUCCACGUACGGAGGGAACCCGCUGGCCUGCCGCGUGGCUAUCGCUGCCCUGGAGGUUCUAGAGGAGGAGAAGUUAGCGGAGAACGCUGAAAAGAUGGGCCAGAUUCUGAGGUCCGAGCUUAGCAAGCUGCCCAGUGACAUCGUCACCAAGGUCCGGGGGAAAGGCCUGCUCAACGCCAUCGUCAUCAAGGAGACUAAAGACUACGACGCCUGGAAGGUGUGCUUGCGCCUUAGAGACAAUGGCCUACUGGCCAAGCCCACUCACGGCGACAUCAUCAGAUUCGCCCCGCCCCUCGUUAUUAACGAGGACGAGGUCAGAGAGUGCAUUGACAUCAUCAAGAAGACCAUUCUGUCAUUCUGAUUCAUCUGACUUGGACCACAUUACAUCUUUUAUUGGCUACCAACCUUCAGACUGAUUCUGCUAUGAGCUGUCUACAGGAAUGUAUCCCACAAGUGAAGUGAAGCAACUUUCAACAUAUGAAUGACUCGAUAAUUAUUUUAAAUUAACCAUUCAGAGAAUUUUGGAGGAAAUGUAUAUUUUAGGAAAUACUUGAUUUUAAAGCUUACACUGUCAUAGACUUUCUCAGUACUCUCUUUUGUGAUGGCAGAUGCAUUCUGUUAGUGCUAGGAAGAGGCAGAAGUAAUGUAGCUUACAGGUCAUUUCGGUUUAUCAGUUAAUGUUGUACAAAAAUGGCUGAAAAAUCUGGCCCAUAUUUACCAUACAAUCUGAACAAUUAAUGCAGUAACAAUCACAAGAUAUCACAUGAUCACAAACAUUUAUGGUCAACCAAAAGCUUUCUAAAAGAAAACAAAUAUUAAUGCACAUUUCAUGAAAGUGGAAAGAAAAGAUGAUUAUUGUAUUAUUGUAUAUAUUUUUAAAAAAUAAUCUCGUUGGUUGUUUUUAUCAUUAUGAAGGGAGAUAUUAAAAUUGAUACCAACGAUGUCACUACUGAAGAAUAUGGUUUGAAACCGGCGGCUCUUAGAGUGGGCACAGCAGACUUUUAUGGGCCGCAGAGUCGUAUUGCCUUUUAGUCUAAAUUCAGUGUUCCUCUCACUGAGUUUAGAACCUGCUCAGGGAACCAUCACUAAGGGUUCGGUCUUUGGAAAUGGAGACGCAGUGGAGCUGGGAAAGUGAAAUCUGAUAAAUCGAGAGAGGGCAGCUGUGGGAAUCACAAGUACUGAACUUGAUGUUUGCGCUUUUCCGCUGUACAAUACUGAAUAUUUUGCUCUUCCGACAGAUGAAAUGACAGGGUGUCUGUCUUAUUUAGGCCUGCAGUAUUUACAGUGGCGCAGUGGAGAAUCCUUGCAUCCCAAAUCUGCACUUCAAAUUCUAAACCAAAUGAUCCAAAUAUUUAUCACUGUUUGUUGUUUUUACCAGAAACUUCGUUGUGUCGUUUGCAUUCUGUUCAAAUGGCAAUAGCAUACUGGUCAAAAGAAGUAUUGGGGAGAUUGUUACAAACCUGUCUGUUUAAUAAAUUUUGAGAGAAUCUACUCUUGUUUCUGUGUAUGUUUAAAAGAUCUGUUGUUAAUGACUUAUGGCUAUGCCCAGGUGAUGUGGUAUAAUUACCAAAAGUUUUUAAUGACAACUUGGAGUUAAAGUAAGAAAUCAGUUUCUUCAGUUAAACUAAUGUAAAUGUUUUAUUACAUUAGAUUGAAUAAGAUUUUAAGACGUGAUGCUUUCUGUAGUCUCUCAGUCAUUGUACACUGACACUGAAGUUAUUAAACAAAAAAAUGGCAAAA